AUGACACUCUUCACACUUCAAAAAAACAUGACUCUUUCCAAAGAAAUUCCCGAUUGAAAAAACUGCAGAAGGACAUGAUAGCUCACUGACUUGCAGAAAACCCCUCUUCUUUCUCUCCGUCUCUCUUCUCUGCACUGCUGCCGGAAGAACCACUGGCGGCGCGCCAGGCACCCCGUCCGACUCCAGUUCUCCUUCUCCGUCUUCCCUCUCAGCCGUUCUCUGUUGCGUUAUCUCUGCCUUCUGCCGAAGCCGCUGCUCGCCACUGUAAGCCGUCGCUCUUCGACGUCGUUGCUCACCGCCGCUGCAAGCCACGGGUUCUCUCUCUGGCAAAUUUUUGUACUUCAUUUGCAAUGAGCUAGAUGGAAUCCACAAGAUCCAGAAUCAAUGAUCCAAACACUUUAUGCCUAUUUUCGUAUUAGUUAUUUUAGAAAUUGAGAUUUGAUUGUUGUUAAAGUGUUGGUGAAGAUAUAUAUUUCAAAAUUUAAUUUUAAGUUUUUGACUAUUUAUAUUUUUAUUUAAGUAGGACCCGGUCAGCCAAUUCAACCAGUAACCCAUCGGUUGAACCAGUGACCCUAGUGACCCAGUAGUCUGACUGAUUCGAUCACUGGUUCGGCUCUGACAACUAUGCUGUUGAUAACCUAAAGCAUUGUUGAUUGAUAUAUCCCAAAAUACUUCAGUGUUAAUGUUAAUGGCUUCGGUCACUGGCAUCUUUUCUCCUUUCCCUCCACCCACCAUUAGCUGUCAGCUCGUUUCGAAACCGGCACUAGCCCUAACCCAGAACAAACCAGACCCAAAAUCCAAUUAUUCAUCUUCUUCCUCUAGGAAAGCACCGAGCAGUAGCAUAAAGGCAGCAACGGAGGGGAUGGACGAACGGACGCGAAGGAUUGCAAAGGAAGUGGAGAGGCAGAAGGCUCAGGAAGCAAGGGAAAGGAAGGAGAUCAUGAAUAGGAAGAUAGCGUCGCAGAAAGCUGUGUCGGUUAUUCUUCGCAGAGAGGCCACCAAGGCAAUAAUCGACAGUAGGAGGAGGAAGGGUCCCACCAACCCCAAGAAGCUUCUCCCAAGAACCGUUCUUGAAGCCCUCCAUGAAAGGGUCACUGCUCUACGUUGGGAAUCUGCUCUCAAGAUUUUUGAACUGCUGCGUGAACAACUCUGGUACAGACCUAACUCUGGUAUAUACAUCAAAUUAAUAGUCAUGCUUGGAAAAUGCAAGAAACCUGAGAAAGCUCGUGAACUCUUUCAAGCUAUGAUUGAUGAGGGUUGUGUUUUGGACUGUGAGUCAUACACUGCUUUGUUAUCUGCCUAUAGCAGGAGUGGUCUCUUGGACAAAGCUUUCUCUCUCCUUGAAGAAAUGAAGUGUACACCUAAUUGUCGGCCAGAUGUCCAGACUUAUUCAAUCCUGAUAAAAUCUUGCUUGCAGGUUUUUGCGUUUGACAAAGUUCACUGUCUCUUAUCUGACAUGGCCAUUCACAGCAUCAAACCUAACACAGUUACUUACAAUACCCUAAUCGAUGCUUAUGGGAAGGCAAAAAGGUUUUCAGAAAUGGAAUCAACACUCAUGGAAAUGCUUGCAGACCGAGAUUGCCAACCAGAUGUAUGGACUAUGAAUUCAACGCUUCGCACCUUCGGCAACAUAGGACAAAUAGAAACAAUGGAGAGGUGUUAUGAUAAGUUUCAGGGAGCUGGAAUCCAACCAAAUGUUCAGACUUUUAACAUUCUCUUGGAUUCCUACGGCAAGGCUGAGGACUACAAGAAGAUGAGUGCUGUGAUGGAAUACAUGCAAAAGUACCAUUACUCUUGGACAAUUGUGACCUUCAACAUUGCGAUUGAUGCUUUUGGAAAGGCCGGGGAUCUCAAACAGAUGGAGUAUUUGUUUAGGAUAAUGCGGUCAGAGAGGAUAAAACCAAGUUGUGUCACACUGUGCUCACUUGUGCAGGCUUAUGCGCGAGCAGGUAAACUAGAAAAGAUCAACGGCGUCCUCCGUUUUGUCGAGAACUCAGAUGUUUUACUUGACACCAUUUUCUUCAAUUGCUUGGUGGAUGCUUAUGGUAGGUUGGAGUGUUUCGCUGAGAUGCGGAGUGUGCUUGAGAUGAUGGAAAAAAGAGGUUGUAAACCCGAUAUUAUUACAUAUAGAACCAUGAUUAAAGCUUAUUCAUUUAAGGGCAUGCAUAGUCAUGUUAAGGAGCUCAGAGAGCUCAUCACGAUGGUGCAAAGGCCUCCAUUAAAAAGAAAGAAACCUGACUUUUAAUGGGAAAAUCUAUCGAUACUUAUUUUCCAAAA